ACACCAAGAGUGUAAGGCUGGCAGGCUGAAAAGUGGGCAUCUCGCUUUCCGUAUAUCUGUUUUGAUCAACAAUUAUAGUCUUGACAGAAGUGAAACUCGGACACAAGCAACACUACUUCUGGAUGGAGGGGCAUGUGAAGCAGAUAUGGACAGUUUGAGUAAGAGUCUGGGGAAGGUCCGACAUGCCACAAGAAAUAACUGAGCGAGAGCACGCAUACAGUGACGCGACAUGUAGCACAGUGAGCCAGGGGUGGCUGGAAAUGUGAUCUAUGAGGACGUUAUGACCUCAGCAACACUGAGGCUGUUAAACAUUCAAGAGGGCUCGGAUGGGUUUCAAUAGGAGUGCCAUCCAAGCCUUCUUUUUUCACAUUUGUGCCUGUGGUGCAGAAAUUACCAACUGAAAGCAUUAUUAUGGAGGAGGAGAGAUCUGGAGCUCUGACAGGAAAACCAAAUAAGAACUUAUCUGCGUCCCAUGAGAAGACAACCGGGGAGAACAUGUCGGACAGGAACAUUUUCAAAGCGGAGAGAGUAUUUAUCAAGGAUUCUGCGGCGGGAGGAGCAGGAAAUGCAACCCCACCAGGGACAAAGCCUCAUCCCUCACCGGAUCACGUGAGCUUCUCUCAAACUAAAGCUUCUCCUUCAGUCAGUCAGUCUGAAAAUACCACCAACCACGCAGCCUCUAUGGAAACAGCUGUUGAUAAACACAGGGGCAUUUCCCAGCGGCAGCGUCACGAUACCUCUGGACUUGCUGAGGUUAGCUCGGGUUACUUUGCAAAUAGAGCGUCUGUGUCAGAGGACAGAAUAAGCCCCACAAACUCUGCAGACCUGUUCCCCACCCCGGCUUCAUCCAGAGAGUCCAUCCUCUCAGAGGGCUCGGACAGAGAGAAGAGCUGGUCGGCUGCGCAGCUUUACUCUGUCACCUCGCCUGUUUCUUUCAGCCGCACUGUUUCUCCCUGCUCAUCUGUUCGCUCUGGCGUCUUCUCCCCUGCUGUCGUCCAGAUCAAGAGGCACUUUCUCGCUCCUGGCUCUAGUCUGGUUCAAACACCUUUCUCAUCCUGUGAGAGUCUGUCCUCCUCCAUCUGUCCCCAGUCCCCUCCUCCUCUUCCACGGCACCGGCCGCCUCUCACCCGACUCUCCCUCCUCACUGCCAUCUUGAGAAAAGGCCGUCUUCCUGUCCUGUCCACUGCUGUGCAGAGGCCUUACACCCCCUGCUGGCCUGUUAACCCCGUGACCCUGUCCUUCUGUAACGCGUGCUCAGCAGCCUCCAGUGUGGCCUCCAUCCCCCUUGAGUUCUCCUCUCGCUUCUCCUCAUCAGCGUCGAUAGAUAGUCAGAGUCAUAUUUACAGGGAGCCUAAUGAAUUUGUGCAGUUGAAAGAGCUCAGCAGAACAUGCCCUCAAACUCAAGUGAAAAGAUGCUCAGAGCAAAUUGGCUCAAGCAGUGUGCCCAGAUGGGAGCAGGUUAUUUCACCCCUGGCGGUGAAGAGCAGCAGUCUUCCCCGAGCUCCACCUCUAUUUUGCUCAAACUUCAAUUCUGUCUCUCCACCAAAGCAUGAAGCAAUAGACUGUUGUGCAACUCCCAAAAAGCUACAACACACACACAUGUCCAAGUUUCCUGAACUGAAGCCCAUCAUCACUUACACGCACCUCAAGGACCCUGCAGAUAACCUUAAAGAACUCAUCUCACCGUCCCCUGAAGUUAUUAAUGAGCUUGCACCCCAGAAAUUGAGUCGCCAGCCGAAUUCAUCUCUCUCAAGGCUUCACGCGCUUUCUCUGCAACUGAGAUCCCCACCUGUCUGCCCUCCGCCACUUCAGCCUUCUCAGUCACGCUCACCCAGUGUCACAUUUUCAUGUGACACCGCAUCACCACCUGCACAAAACACCACAGUGAGGUGUGAGUCAGGGAGGAGCUGCCCUGAUUCUAAAAGUGUCGCUACAUCAGCUCACUGUCUGUCUCCUUCCCGCUACACACCCAUCGCUUUUCCCGGAUGGCCGUCGCCAUCCAGCACCCCCACACCUACGCCCUCUCCUGCUCCACCAAUCAGAGACUUCACUCCGUCCCCCUCUCUCUCCAUGCGCUCCACGCCCUCCCCAAGGCCGGGGAGUGGAAUAUCAGACUGCAGUGACAGGGAGGGUAAAAAAAGAAAGACACACAAGAUUAAGUCAAGCUACAAAUCGCUCGCUGCAAUUCCGACAAACACUCUUCUGUUGGAUCAGCAGGCGAUAGACGAGCAGGUAGAGAGAGCAGAGAGUCCUUUCGACAGGUUGGACAGAGGUGAUACAUUGGACAGAGGUGUUACAGACACCCAUGCUGAGAUGUGCUCACCCGCUGAGCUCCGGCAGCAGUCGGAGGAACUUUAUGCAGUUAUUGAUGAGAUAUUGGCCAACUCCAUUCCAGAAAGCAAAACACCCCGGUCUCAGCAGUCAUCGUCCAACACUGAUCUGCAGCAGAACUCAUCAUUUACAAAAUCACUGGGACGUGAAACCAAAUAUGCAUCUGUAUGCAGCUUGCACCCAUAUACCAGUGCGGAAAGAAAGCUUAUGAAUCCUAAAAAGACAAAGCCCGGGGUUAUUCGCCCAAUGACAGCCAUUCCAAGACUCACAGUCGAGGAUGAGGAAGAAUUUCAUCAAAACCCUUUCAGACAGGUUGUCGGCAAGCAGACCUUGACUGACAAAAGAAAGGUGGAAAGUAAAAGUCUUGAAGAGGCAGGAAAAGAUUUUCACAGGAGUUCAAAAGGCCAAACACUAAGAGAAGAGAAGAAGCCUGAAAGAAGAGGUCCAUUCUCAGUAUGUGACCUGCAGAUCACAGAGCCUGAAGACCAGAUGAGUCUGCCUGUUAAAGACGCCUCAACAUGUUUCAGCCCAACGGACGGGCGGAUGGAAGCUUUUGAGACUCAUAUUUGAAGAAUUAACCCUUAACCCUAAAUUCUUUUGUUUCUUAUUGAACUAUUAUCUGCUGAGGCACAAUCAGUAUUUAGACACACAAAAGUUAAAGUAGGAAUGACAAGUUAAUGGCACCUUAACACAAUAAAUGAAUGAGUGCACAUCCAUAUGUACAACUUUUUACAGAAGAUGACAACAAAAGGUUUAAUAAUGCUCACAGAGAUGAAACAUAUGCAUGCAACUGAACGUUCCCUCAGCCCCACCCCCGCAGUUACUGUUUCUGCGGCCUGUCAAGCUUUCCAUUCACACAUAUACAGUUUACAAGUGGUAAAUUCACCACUCAAAAAUCUUUGUUUUUUUUAAUAAAUGGGUCCUUAGUUUCAGACAGUAGACAGUGUUGCUUGUGUAGAGACAUCCAAUGCUUGACAGACCUGCUGUGGGGACAGGUUUAGCGAACAGGAAAAUGGUGCAAAACAUCAAACAACAAACAGAGAAAAUUGAACUGUGAGGUGGUUCUGAUUUUAAAAGGUUUUCUAUGCAGGAUUUUCCUUAAAAAAAAAUCCCUCUCAGUCAUCACUUAUGGUAACUCCUUCAACUGGGCAUGAUGCAAAUAAGUAGGUGAACAUCACAUUGUUUCAGUUUUUCCAGUUAAGAUGCCCUAACCUGCUCCAUGUGUCAGCAAAAAGUUUAAGCAACAUAUUGCUUGUUUGGCUUGUCUGGCCCUGGCUCUUUUUUGGCGAAGCUUUUUGCGCCUGCAAUGUAUUUCAAAGCAAGAGCAAGCUGUUGCUUAAGCCUGGGCCAUACUGUCUGCAUGAGCAGUGUGUGACAGCUAUCUGAAUUGCUGUGCUCACACGUGCAUUGUUCACAAAGAAAGCAUUGCUGCUGCAGAGCUGCCUACUGCUACAAGUAUUUCAAUAAAAGCUGUUACGCCACCUAUUUAUGGAGCCAUGUAAGCUGCUGCACUGUCAACAACAGGGUCAUGCAUAUAUUUCUCGACAAAAAGCCUUGUAUGAACACAUGAAGGGAUUCUGUCCAUAAAAGCGUUUCAAGAGGGCACUUAUUUUGAAACAGAAUCCAGAAAUGUUGAUUAAAAGAUAAAUAUUUACAUUUUUUUCAUGUCUGUGACAGAUGUAGACAUUAAAACUGUAAUGUGGUACAAUGUCAAUAUGAUUAUCAAAACUUUUCUAUGAAAACGAAAAAAUACGCAAAUAUAGCGAGGCAAAAUGGCAAGCCAACAAAGCUGGGGUUGGCUUCAAAUUUUGCUGACAAUACUGUUUCCGAACGGUAACUGAUAAUUUCUGCAUAGUAUACCUUUUAGAGUAAAUCAAAUCUGUUUGAAUCAAGGAACAAAAAUGUAAAAAGCUUGCUAUGUCUCACAGGCUGUUUAAUUCACAAACAUGAUAGGUCAUUAUAGUAUAACAUAAAAUACAUUUUAAUGAUGUAACUCAUUCACCUCUAAAGAUAAUAGUAUUUAAACAUUAUUGAAUGAUUAAGGACAAGCUUUAAUAUGUAAUAAAGAGCAUCCCAAUCUCA